UAAAGCCGAAAAAUGAUAUCAGCAUCCUCGUCUUUCUAUGUACCAAAUUGAUAUAAAAAUAAAAUUUUAAUUCACAAUAAUAUCAUCGAAUCUUUGCCAAAAUUAUUCAUCGCUCUUUGUGAAGUCAGUUUUGGGUUUUUGUCGUACCUUGAAACUGAGUGAAACUGUGAGAGACAGACAGACAAAGAUAGAGAGAAGAAGUGAAGAACAGAACAUCAUCAACUCCAUCCAUGGCCACCGACUUCAAAUCCAUCCCAAUUAUUGAUAUUGCUCCUCUGUUGGCCAAGUGGGAUGAUCCAAAAAUGGCUCAAGACCCUGGUGUAUGUGAAGUUGUUAAGCAAUUGGAUCAGGCUUGCAGAGAGGCUGGGUUCUUCUAUGUGAAGGGCCAUGGUAUCCCUGAGACUUUGGUGAAAGAGGUUAGAAAUAUAACACACAAAUUCUUUGAUCUCCCAUAUGAAGAAAAACUCAAGAUCAAGAUGACUGCAGCUGCUGGAUACAGGGGAUACCAGAGAGUAGGAGAAAACAUAACCAAAGGCGUGCCUGAUAUGCAUGAAGCUAUUGAUUGCUAUAAAGAACUAAAACAAGGGAUGUAUGGAGCUCUUGGCAAACCCAUGGAAGGAUGCAAUCAAUGGCCACAUAAUCCUCCAAACUUCAAAGAACUGAUGGAGAGUUACAUCAGCCUCUGCACAGACCUUUCAAGAAAAAUUAUGCGAGGAAUCGCUUUAGCAUUGGGUGGAUUACCGGAUGAAUUUGAAGGUGAAAGAGGUGGAGAUGCGUUUUGGGUGAUGCGUCUUAUUGGUUACCCAGGGGUAUCAACAGCAAAUGGAAAAUGCUCGCCAGAGAAUGACAUUGGAUGCGGAGCACACACUGACUAUGGUUUAUUAACAUUGGUUAAUCAAGAUGAAGAUAUUACUGCACUUCAGGUGAGAAACCUAUCUGGUGAGUGGAUCUCGGCUCCUCCAAUUCCCGGAACGUUUGUCUGUAACAUCGGAGAUAUGUUGAAGAUACUGUCCAAUGGUUUAUACGAGUCAACUCUACAUCAAGUCAUCAACAGUUCCCUGACAUACCGAGUCUGCAUUGCCUUUUUUUAUGAGCCGAAUUAUGAUGCAGCAGUGGAGCCUUUGGAAGUCUGUGUACAGAGGAGUGGCGGAACUCGGAAGUUUGAAAAAGCUGUUUAUGGAGAGCAUUUAGUUAGCAAAGUUCAAACAAACUUUGUAAUGUAGUAGGAGGUUUGGUUUUUCGGUCCAAACUUUUCAUAGUCUCACUGUACAUUGACUAAGAUUUGUUUCAAGUUGCAUUGAUGAAGUUUGAGAUGAAAAUGAUUCUUCAAACUGUUCAGAGUCGAUUGAGGAAAUAAAUAAUAUGCCUUUCAACCA